GCGCGGGGGCCAAUGGGCUGUCCCGGCGCUUGCUUUCUCCUUUUCGCGAGCCGCUGAAUCGCGGCAGGGGCGCCGAGGCCGGUUGCUCAUUGGCGAGCUCCGCGGGGCGCGAGCCCGGUCAGCGCCGCCCCUGUCCCCUUUCUGCAGGCGGAGCGGCCGGGGCUGGAAGAGGCAUCCGGAGCCGUCGGGCGUGCGCUUGCCACCGGGUGACCUUCUCCGCUUCUCUCGGAGCGCUGGUUCGGGUACCAUGCAUCGCUUGUCGGGGCUGACCAGGGAAGCCGCUGCUGCUGCCGCCGCCACUCCCCCUCGCCUCCCGGGCUGCCUCCCCCCGCGGAGAGCGGAGGCCGUGCGCUUCCUCGCCUGGCUGGCCACCGACAAAGAACCGCGGCGCCGCCGGCCGCCCCAUGCCCCGCGGAGCGUCGCCCCGCCGAUGGGGUCGGAGCGGACAGCCGGGCCGGGGCUGGCCCGCCGGAGCAGCGCCGCCGAGGCCUCCGCGGUGCAGCUGAAAGAGAAGGCGCCUCGCGAGAAGAUCCUCACGCUGGAGUCCAUGAACCCCCAGGUCAAGGCAGUGGAGUACGCCGUGCGGGGGCCCAUCGUCUUGAAAGCGGGCGAGAUCGAAAAGGAGCUGCGGAAGGGUAUCAAAAAGCCUUUCACAGAAGUCAUCAAGGCCAACAUUGGUGAUGCUCACGCCAUGGGACAGCAGCCCAUCACCUUCCUUCGACAGGUGGUGGCACUUUGCACUUAUCCCAACCUGUUGGACAGCCCCAGUUUCCCAGAAGACUCCAAGGAGAGGGCGAGACGGAUCUUGCAGGGCUGCGGAGGAAACAGUUUAGGUUCAUACAGUGCCAGCCAAGGGGUCAAUUGCAUCCGGGAAGAUGUAGCAGCAUACAUUGAGCGGCGAGAUGGCGGCGUCCCCGCAGACCCAGAGAACAUCUACUUGACCACAGGAGCAAGCGACGGCAUUGCGUCCAUUCUCAAGAUCCUUGUCUCUGGAGGAGGGAGAUCCCGAACCGGAGUGAUGAUCCCAAUUCCUCAGUAUCCUUUAUAUUCAGCUGCCAUUUCUGAAUUGGAUGCCAUUCAGGUGAACUAUUACCUGGACGAAGAGAACUGCUGGGCCCUAGAUGUGAAUGAAUUGCACCGCUCCUUACAUGAAGCCAAAGCGUACUGUAAUCCCAAGGUUCUUUGCAUCAUUAAUCCUGGAAAUCCCACAGGUCAAGUUCAAAACAGAAAAUGUAUCGAAGAGGUGAUACACUUUGCCUGGGAAGAGAAGCUGUUUCUUCUGGCUGAUGAGGUUUAUCAAGACAAUGUCUACUCAGAGAACUGCCAGUUCCACUCCUUCAAAAAGAUCCUUUACGAGAUGGGACCAGAUUAUUGGAAUAAUGUUGAACUCGCUUCUUUUCAUUCCACUUCCAAGGGCUACAUGGGCGAGUGUGGCUACCGAGGAGGCUACAUGGAGGUGAUUAACCUGCAUCCAGAAAUUAAAGGGCAGCUGGUUAAGCUCCUCUCUGUCCGUCUGUGUCCACCCGUCUCGGGUCAAGCAGCCAUGGAUGUUGUGGUGAAUCCCCCUAUUCCCGGAGAGGAAUCCUAUGCACAGUUUAUUAAGGAAAAGGAGUCUGUCUUGAACAACCUUGCAAUGAAAGCCAAACUAACAGAAGACUUGUUCAAUCAAGUGCCAGGGAUCCACUGCAAUCCACUUCAAGGAGCCAUGUAUGCUUUCCCACGAAUUUUUAUCCCUGCCAAGGCCAUUGAAAUGGCAAAGGCCCAUCAAAUGGCUCCUGACAUGUUCUACUGUAUGAAACUUUUGGAAGAAACUGGAAUCUGUGUUGUUCCUGGAAGUGGGUUUGGCCAAAGAGAAGGAACUUACCACUUCAGGAUGACCAUUCUCCCACCAGUAGAGAAACUAAAGGUCUUAUUGGAGAAAGUGAAAGAUUUCCAUAUAAAGUUCCUGGAGGAAUAUUCUUAAACAAAAUAAAGACACUUUUUUUUUCCAGGGUGUAUCUUGAAAGUGUGUCCAAGCUGUGACAGAAAAAUAUGCUUUUUGGAGGGGCAGUCUUCUUUGAUCAAAUUCACAAUAGAAUUACAACUACUGGAGCCCAGCUGUACUUGCUUCAAUAUGAUAAAAAGGGCUGGUAAAAUACUAAAACAGGCCUACUAAAAUAAGAUAUGGGAGAUUUGUUAUAAGAAUUAUUAAUGCAGUUAUUGGUUGUGAACUGGGAUGUCACAAAAAUUGCUCCUGUCCCACAAUACGAAAGCAAAACUUGAUUGGGUUUGAAGUUCGGAUGUUGAUAAACAUUCUUCUGUGCUUUUUUUAAUAAAAGAUAUUACAAUAUCCCUUCCUACCAAACCAAUUCAGAAAACUGCAAUUGUACUGGUAAGCUAAAGGAACAGAUUAUUUAUUUGGAGCUCUUCUGGGGAGACUAAGUGGGUUGCACCCAGAAAUCUUCUGCAGUAGGAGAAGUACUCAAAUCUCCUGUUUUGGGAUCAAAUAAGAGGCCCAAGAUUUUGUUCUGACAAUCAGAGAAUGUAUUGAGUGCCUUUUAAAUUCCUGGUGAGGUUGCCUCAACAUGUGAAAUAGAAGAAUGCUCACUUAAUCUGUUUACAAGCAUGACCAAAAAAUAGUAAAAGAAGGGAGCUAGAAAUGGACUUGGGGAAUGAUAACAAUACUUAAAAUCCUCUUUAUUUUUGCCCAGCUGUUUGCAAGCUAGAAAUAUUGGGUUUCAGCCCCCUUUGGCCAUGAUGAUUGUUGAAGCCUUAACAGAUUUGGAGGGGGAACCUGGUUGCAGAAAUCUGGGUAGGAACUACUUUGGAAAAUAAAUACUAGGUUACUUUAUCCAAACAAAGAAAAGAAGGUUUGGAUUCCAUCUUUGAAUUAUAAACACAAGUUGAUGAUAAUAGAGGAACAUUUCAUCAGAACUGCUGGCUUUCUUGAUCAUUGUCCUUUAGGACUUCUGAUGGCUCUUGAAUAAUCAUAAUGGGGCCAACAUAGACAAGAUUCCACAAUAAGGGUCCAAUUUGACAUGCAGUUGCUUUCCUGAAUAUUCAGAUUCCUUCAGAACUCUGAUUUGAAUUGAAAUGGGUAUUAAACUGGGACUUGGUUGGAAACUUAGUCUGCUUGAAACUGUGUUCCUGGUUGUUGAAUUUCAACUGUUCAGAAGCCAUUCACUUCAGUCUCUUAAUUCAGUAAAUGUUGUUUGAUGUGCCAGAAGGCUGAUACAUGUAUAACUAGUUCUUGUAGUAGUACAUAAAAAAAUAACAGGACAGAAUAACAAAGAGAAUGCCUUUCAUGUGAUUAAAUGGGAUCUAGUUUGACCCAUGUUUUUCACCCUUGGUGUCAAGCCCCUAACAACAACAUUCAAUCAAACAGGAGAAGGAAAAAUUCACACAGAGUUUCAUUAAUCAGGUUUAAUGCCAGGGGAAAAAAGAUUGAAAACUGAAUAAGCCCUCAUUUUAGUGAAUUCAUUAAGGUGGCAUCUCCAAGGAUCAUUUCAGCUGCUUUUUCCCAAAUUCCUUCACUGAAGGGCUAAUGGCUCUUUGCCAUAUAAGACUGAAACAUCCAUUUGUUCUCCAUUAGUUGUGUUUUGAAAUACUCCUCCCCAUCCUCCAAGACUUCUGUUACACUUGGGUAUCAUAAAAUAGGAUUUACAAUUGCUUCCCACCCAGUGCUCUUCAGAUUGGAUGGGAGUUAUGGGUUCAGCACAUCUGAAGACCCCUCAUGUUGAAGUUUCUCAUGUUAGUUCAGUUGUUAUGAUAUAAUAUAUGGACCAUCAGUACUCGUAAGAUCUCACUACCAAGAUGGUAUAUUAUUUUGAGUAGCUGAGCCAUUUUCCAGAACUUUCAAACAUCUCUUCAGCUGGAGAUUACUAGUCACCCUAUUUUCUUAAUGAGGGCUAUACUUGGUUGGUGUCAGUUUUGUUGAAUUCUGAAUGACUUGCUUAGAUUAUACUAUAAAUUACAGUUAGCUGCCUCUUGAAUCAUAUUUGGUACUUUAUUGAUGUCAUCAAUUCUUAACAGGGUGAUAAUAGUUCUCAAACCGAUGGCACUUUUUCUCAAAUCUGUAAGUUGCCAUACAGACUACCCAAUGCAAGAGAAUGUUGUGCUUCAUCACGGGCAGUUGCAAUUUUAAAAAUAUAUAUUUUUGUAAGUAAACUUUUUUUUCCAGACUGGACGGAUGGGAAGUAUUUGUAGUCUUACCAAACCAUUUUUUAAAAAAUACUCUCUUGUGUUAACUUCUUAAUGCUACUGAAAAUUAUGUCAAGUUUACAUGUUUCUAAGUAAUGCUUUUACAGGGAUAUUUUGGAAUUUUACUUGUUUCUGUUCCUUGCAUUUUUAAAAAUGGGAAGUAGUGAUACUUUUCAUUUACUUUUAAAUAUAAAACACCAACUUCUAGUUUUCUUUUUGUCUCAGAAACUGUAUCUUAGGGUGCCUUUUGGUUUCUGGUAUUUUUUGGUUUAUUGCAUCUCAGCAUGGUGCAUAAUAUAGUCAUCAUUAAGGUUGAUUUAUCACAUUUGUCAUUACUUCAAGGAAAUUAACAUGCCACUUAAUUGUCCUUGGCUAGUGAUGGCCAUUUUCUGAGACCUACUCCCAAGCCUCCAUGGAUAUGAUCCUCAGAUGGUUUAAAAAUAAUUAGACUCUGGGAGUUGCUUCAUUUUUUAUGUCAAGGAAUUGAUUACCAAGGCAAUCUGACAUUCUGAUGUUUGGUCAUAGGUUUGCAUUUUCUGCCUACUGGUGUUCCUCAUUCUGUACUUGGAUGACUUUUUAAAGAUCCUUUAAAAAUAAAAGCUAUUAUGAACUGUGGAAA